GCAGCCCAGUCAAAGAUUAAGAGGAGGGAACGACGCGAUGAAUGAGAACGAUGGCCACAUCCAUUAGAUGCGCCAGGCGCUCCGUUUCAUGAGCCAAGCUUCUGUCGCUAAUCCUCCUCUUCGCCACCGAGAAGAUUUGGAGCGCGAGCUCGCGCCACUCCUUCGGCAAUGCAUCAAGACGAGGGAUCUAUCCCAGGGCAAACAAAUCCACAAGAGAAUCGUGGAACUAAGCCUAGAAGGGAGCCGAUUCCUCGGUCACCUCCUCAUCCAGAUGUAUGGCAAAUGCGGCUGCAUCGCAGAGGCGCAGCGCGCAUUCGCCAGCAUCCACACCCAAAACAUCUACUCCUGGAAUCUCAUCAUCGUUGCGUUCCUCGAGAAUGGGAAUCUCCAGAGCGCGCAAGACCUCUUCGACCGCCGGCCCCAAUUCAGCGUCAUCGGAUCAAACGCCAUGAUCUCGGCAUAUGCCCAAAACGGGCAUCUGCGAAAGGCAAAAGAGAUCUUCGAUUUCAUGCCAGACAGAGAUACCGUCUCGUGGAACGCCAUGAUCACGGCAUAUUCCCAGAACGGGGAUAUACGCUCAGCCAAGAGAAUCUUCCACUCCAUGAAAGAGAGAGAUGUGGUCUCCUGGAACACGAUGGUCGCGGCAUAUGCCCAAUCUGGGCACGGCAGGGAUGCGAUACGGACAUUCCGUACAAUGGAGCUGGAGGGGUUGCGGCCCGACCACGUGACCGUACUGUGCGCCCUGGCCGCUUGCGCGGAGACCAGGCUGCUUUCCGAGGGGCGGCAAAUGCACGUACGAGCCCGCCAGUUCUGGGCCGAGACCAAAGUGGGCAACGCGGUCAUGGACAUGUACGGAAAGUGUGGCGCGGUAGGAGAGGCCAGGUUGGUGUUUAACUCGCUGCCCGUUCGGGACGUGGUCGCGUGGACUACACUCUUGGUCGCAUAUGCCGCAACUGGGGAUCUUGGUCAAGCAAGGCGCGUGUUUGACGAGAUGCCCGACAAGAACCUCGUCUCGUGGAACUGUAUGAUCAUGUCGUACUCCCAAGCCGGGCAUUUCCAGGAUGUUUUGGAGAUCUUUGGUUUGAUGCUCCGGAGAAAUGUGGUGCCGGACGAGGGCACUUUUGUCACGGUCAUCGACGCUUGCGCCAACGCCGGAGCCUUAGUCGAGGGCGAGGACAUCCAGAAGCUCGCCAUCCAGCAUUGCACGGUCAAUGGUCAACGGUUGGUCCAUGGCUCACGGUCAACGCUCGGCCUCAAGAUCGGUAAUGCGCUUCUCUCGCUCUACACGAAGUGCAGCCGAAUGGAGACGGCGCUGGAGAUCUUCGAGCAGAUGCCCGUGAGAAACGUUAUUUCUUGGACAACGCUAAUCUCCGCAUAUGCCCAACAAGGGCAUGGCAGGGAAUCUCUCAAGAUUCUUCGAAAGAUGGACCUUGAGGGCAUCCCGCCGAACGAGGUAACCUUCGUGAGCGCGCUGGACGCGUGCGUGGCCGUCUCGGCGCUCCCCGAGGGCCGCCAGCUCCAUCGCCGGUCCAUCGACACGGGCAUAUUCGCAGUGGAUGCCAAGGUCGGCAAUGCGAUCAUCAACGUAUAUGGCAAGUGUGGGAGACUCGGUUCCGCCCUUUCGGUUUUCCGUGAUAUUCCUCGUAGAAACAGGAUCUCUUGGAAUGCGCUACUCGCCGCAUAUGCCCAGAAUGGGCAUUGCAGAGAAACUUUGGAUCUCUUAGCGUUGAUGACUCUCGAGGGUAUCCAGCCGGAUCAGAUCACUUUCACGAGCGUACUCUCGAUCUGUGCUCACGCUGGUCUGCGCCGCGAGUGCUGGAGCCAAUUCGUGGCGGUGAGGUCCGAUUACCGGAUCACGCAUGAUGUGACGCACUACGUUUGCAUCGUUGAUCUCCUGGGACGCCUGGGCUACCUUGACGAGGCGGAGGAGCUCAUCGCAGCAAUGCCAUUCGAGCCCACUGUGAUCGUCUGGACGACGCUGCUGGCAGCAUGCCGGAUCCACAAGAACACAGAGCUUGCAGUCAAUGCCGCCGUGCAAGCGAUCGCACUGGAGCGUGGCGACCCUGCUGGACUCUACAUCCUCCUCGCCAACCUCUACUUCGAUGUGGGCCGAGUGGAAGAGGAAGAAGAUGAAGAGCCCUAAGCGUUUGGCUACGUGGCACAAAAUAUACGAUCCACGUGGACGCUACUUUAAUCCACGCGGGGGCCACGUCGGUAAAAAACCAUAGAGCUCUAGUCAACUUCAUCUUUUUAGAGAAAAACAAAAAAAGAAUAUAAAGCAGUGCUGGCAACCAUGAUGGAAUGCCACGCAUAUACCCAGAAACGCUUAUUCAAAUACCAACACAAAACACCACAAAGCAAUACAAAACCGAAAGGAAGGAGAGGAGCCAGGACGAAA